AUGUCUCAAUCAGUGGAAUCUGUCGUUGUUUCUGUCGUAGCCGAACAAUUUGAUAUUGUCACAUGUUAUCAAAAAUUUUUGAAAGAUGAUCCGGAUUUAUCCAUGCCAAUCGCGGCGAUAGAGUCACUUGUCGAAUUAAUAAAACAUACAACCACGUUGACGGAAUUCAUGGAAUCUUUGAAAGAUGCUAGUCAAAAACUUAAAUCAUCAGUAAAAAAUUCAAUUUCGUUGUCAGCUGGUGCUGAUUUAUUUUUAAGGUUCGUAACAAGAACUUCACACGAUGUUACGAACUUUGAAGCAUGUAGAGAGCAUUUAAUAAAUAGUGGGAAAGUUCUUGUUGAAAAAGCCGCAGCUGUACGUGAAAAGAUUGGUGAUUUAGGUGUACAAUUUAUUAAAGAUGAUGCUACAAUAUUGAUUCAUUCUUAUUCUCGUGUGGUUAUGUUGCUUCUCCAACGUGCUGCCGCUUGUAAAAAAAGAUUUAAAGUUUAUGUUACCGAAUCUAGGCCCUUGUCCUUAGGGAUCAGAGCUGCUAAAGUAUUAUGUAAAGCAGGGAUCCCGGCAACCGUCAUUUAUGAUACAGCAGUAGGUUACAUUAUUGAUAAAGUUGAUGCUGUUUUUGUCGGAGCAGAAGGUGUUGUUGAAAAUGGUGGACUCAUCAAUGCUAUUGGUACUUAUCAACUAGCCGUUGUUGCAAAGGCUGCUAAUAAGCCAUUUUAUGCAGUUAUUGAAAGCUAUAAAUUUGUUCGUCUAUUCCCACUCAAUCAAUACGAUCUUCCGACUCACACACCCGAUUUACUCACAUUUCCUGACUUAGAACAUCACAAUACUGAAUCAUCAGAAGAUGAAGUUAUAGGAAAUUAUGAGGCGAUUAAUCCCACGGUAGAUUAUACACCACCUGAUUAUAUUACGUUAUUGUGCACAGACCUAGGGGUAUUAACACCAUCCGGA